AUGGAGAGAGGGGCGGAGCCAUGGAGCUGGGUGCUGGAGACCUCUAGUGCUGGGUCCCCUGACUUUUAUCCAGAUCCUGCCCCAGAAGCCGGUACUUCCACACCAGGGAUGAGGCGUUCCGUCUUAGUCAGGAACCCAGGCCACAAAGGCAGGAGGCCUGAUUAUGAAGAGCUUGACUCAGACUCAGAAGACCUAGACCCCGACCCAGAAGAGCUGGACCCGGCUUCUGAAAACCUGGAGCCUGAGCCGGAAGACCUCCACACUGUCUCUGAGGACGUGGACCCCAGCUAUGAAGAUCUGGAGCCUGUCUCCGAGGCUCUGGAUGCUGAGGUGGAUGCUCCAGGCUCCAUCUCGGGGAUCCGUGACUCCGACCCCCAAGAUCUCGACCCCCUGUCUUCAAGUUUCGACGACCCCGACGUCAUCGGCCCCGUUCCCCUGAUCCUCGACCCUAACAGCGACACUCUCAGUCCCGCUGCUGCCCCAGACCUGGACUCCCUCUCCUCCGACCUCCCUGCCACCCCUGAGGUCCUGACCGCCGCCCCGGCGGUGCUCCCUGCGCCUGCCAGCCCACCCCGGCCCUUCUCCUGCCCUGACUGCGGGCGAGCCUUCCGCCGCAGCUCGGGGCUGAGCCAGCACCGCCGCACGCACAGCGGUGAGAAGCCCUACCGCUGCCCCGACUGCGGCAAGUCAUUCAGCCACGGCGCCACGCUGGCGCAGCACCGGGGCAUCCACACUGGCGCGCGGCCCUACCAGUGCGCCGCGUGCGGCAAGGCCUUCGGUUGGCGCUCCACACUGCUCAAGCACCGCAGCAGCCACAGUGGCGAGAAGCCUCACCAUUGCCCGGUGUGUGGCAAAGCCUUUGGCCACGGCUCACUGCUGGCGCAGCACCUGCGCACGCACGGCGGCCCGCGGCCGCACAAGUGCCCGGUGUGCGCCAAGGGCUUCGGGCAGGGCUCGGCGCUGCUGAAGCACCUGCGCACGCACACGGGCGAGAGGCCGUACCCAUGCCCGCAAUGCGGCAAGGCCUUCGGGCAGAGCUCGGCGCUGCUGCAGCACCAGCGCACGCACACGGCCGAGCGCCCCUACCGCUGUCCCCACUGCGGCAAGGCCUUUGGCCAGAGCUCCAACCUGCAGCACCACCUGCGCACGCACACGGGCGAGCGGCCCUACGCCUGCCCCCACUGCUCCAAGGCCUUUGGGCAGAGCUCCGCGUUGCUGCAGCACCUACAUGUGCAUUCGGGCGAGCGCCCCUACCGCUGCCAGCUCUGCGGCAAGGCCUUCGGCCAAGCCUCCAGCCUCACCAAGCACAAGCGCGUGCACGAGGGUGCGGCUGCCGCCGCUGCCGCUGCCGGCCUGGGCCUCAGCCCCACUUCGAUGCUAAGGCCAGGGCAGGCCUCCCUCCUGGGUCCGGAUGCUGUCUCAGUGCUCAGCCCUGGCCCUAGCUCUGGCCUUGACCCCGACCCUGGCUCUGCACUGGGCUCCCUCCCCAAUCCCAACCCCAAACCCACCAGUGGCUUUGCAUCUAGCCCCAUCCCUGAUUCUGUCCUGUCUUCUGAUCCUAAGCCUGGGCGCAAUGCCAAUUCCGACCUCCUGGCUAGCCCUGACCACAGAUCUGGCCUCAGCCCCAACACAGAUCCUGUGCCCAGCCCUGACCCCAGCUCCAAGUCCCACCCUGACCCCGGCUCUCCCAUCCGUGACACUGUCAGCCCAGCCCUCCCUACGGGCGAGAGUCCCAGGUGGGUGCAGGAACAAGAAGCCCUGCUCGGGCCUGAUGGCUGA